AUGGUUCGCGAGCCAUCGGAGCACGCGUACGAGCAGAUCUGUCUGCGGCAGGAUACGGACACCGGUGGCGGUAGCAAUCCCGGCGUUACACAGAAGAAGCUGCCCGACAACGCGUCCGAUCGCAGCCGUUCCCGAAAAACCGAUCGCAGAUACAGCAGAUCGAGCAGCGCGAGCGAGUCGUCGAACGUGAGCAGCGAGAUCCCGUGCUUCUCGUCGAGCGGCUCGACGCCGCCGUCGCUCUCGCGGAAUAGCAGCAACGAACGGAUCGGCAAGAACGGCAAGAUCACCGCUGAAUCGUCGCACGAGAAAAAGGACUCGACGAGCUGUGCUUUGCAAGUAGAAAGCGAAAAGGAGAUCGUCAAACCGGCCCACGGCAGCGGGGCUAGCUUCGCCAAGCCGCCGCCGCCACCGCCGCCGCCCCCACCACCGGACAAGGAAGACGUCGUGGUGCUCGUGGUGAACGCCAAGCAAAACUGUGAACCCGCUGCCGCCUGGGACGAGAAGAAGGACGCCGCUGCCGAAGCGAACCGGGAUGGAAGAACCGAGAACGGACUUCUGCUGUCUUCGGCAACCAACAAGUCCGACGUAUCCUGCGGCGAGCAUCAACAGCCGGAAGUACCUCCUGCCAGUCCACCGGCGGACACCGAGGAAAUUAAGACGAAUCAAACGUCCCAUCUGGUGAACAAGCAUAUGGUGCUGCCGUUCAUACCGCCCAAGUUCGCCAACGCGGACUCCAACACACUGCUCAAGCCGUCCGAGUAUCUCAAGAGUAUCUGCAAGGCUUCCUCCAAGCACAGCCUGUCGAAAGCAAGAUCGGUGGACAACUUGGACAUACAGAGCAGAAGCGCCGAUCGGAGAAGAGAAGGUUCGACCAGCAGACCGGAAGGGGAGGAGGAACCGGAGGAGGAGGAAGAGGAGGACGUCGAUGCCGAACUGGCGAAAAGUCCGCAGCCACUAGCCACCAUAAGCAUCCAAGAUCUGACCAGCAUCCAACUCCGACGAACCACCACCACCAAGAUGAACGCAACGAAAACGUUCUCCGCGCCCCCACCGCGCAGUGUGUCCAUGACCAACGUUUCAGAAUCGUUCUUCGUCCAGAAGACCGACUUGAUCGCGGAACUCAAGAGGACCAAGGACAUUCCUGGGAUUAAGAAGCUCAAGGUAGAGAUGGCACAAGUCGAGAAGACGCAAGAGCAGAAUCUCAUGUCGGAAAUCAACAAGGCGUUCAACGUUUCGAACUUUGUGGACCAGAUUCCCGACAAGGACAGUUCCGGGAAUGUGAUACCAAUAUGGAAGCGACAAAUGCUUGCUCGAAAGGCCGCUGAAAGGGCGAAGAAAGAGCUGGAAGAGCAGAUUGCCAGAGAGAACGAGGAGAGACGACAAAAAGCGAUCCCUGCUUGGAAACGGCAACUCCUCGCGAAAAAAGACAACGAGGAAAAAAGACUGAACCAAGUGUACGCAGCGCCAACGGUGAAGUUGGAGGCCACCGCGACGCCGAAAAGGGACGCAUCGCCCAACAACCCCUCGCGGCACACCGACAAGUCGGAAAUCGAGGAGAAGAAGAACGACGGGAACACCGCGAAUCAAGGGACGAAUGGGACGCAUGCGAGUCAGACGGACGACGACGCACAGAUUAUUCCGUGGCGAGCGCAACUCAGAAAAACCAACAGCAAGCUCAACAUUCUCGAUUAAUCGGACGCGUCCGAUGGUCGGAUGCGACGGACAGUCGCAUCGCGCGUCCAUCGAACACGC